AGUAAAGUAACAACCUCUCGGUAGUUACUUUCUUGCCCUGGACUCAGCUUGCUAGGUCCACUUAUUUGUGAAUUAUAUCUCUAGUCUACGUGUUAUUCCCCUAUUGCGCGUUUUAAAUUGUCAUUGCGCCACAGUGCAAAUUUGGGUACCGAAUUUUAUACGUAGCAUGCGGUGGAUUGACUGUUAAUCGAAAAUGGUGGAUGUUGGGCCUGCGGGGGCUGCCAGUAGCAGUGGCAGCAGUCAAGACAAUGGCAACGCAGGAGAAGAAGAUAAGAAGGAUGAGCGCAUGUUCGAAUGUAACAUUUGUCUCGACACUGCAAAAGAUGCUGUGAUAAGCAUGUGUGGUCAUUUGUUUUGUUGGCCAUGCCUCCAUCAAUGGCUGGAAACACGGCCAGCAAGACAAAUGUGUCCUGUGUGUAAAGCAGCUAUUAGUAAGGAAAAAGUUAUUCCGUUAUAUGGGCGUGGAAGUAGUAAGCAAGAAGACCCAAGAAACAAAGCACCUCCACGCCCUGCUGGUCAAAGGUCUGAGCCAGAAGCUAAUACGAAUUUUCCUGGUCUUGGCUUCCAUGGGAGUUUCAUGUCAUUUGGCAUUGGAGCCUUUCCCUUUGGUUUCAUCACAUCUUCUUUCCACUUUGGUGACAACAGAGGAUUUGCAGCACCACAUGAUACUCAAUCCCCUGAAGACCAAUUUCUGUCAAAAGUAUUUCUGUGGGUUGCACUUGCCUUUCUUGUGUGGCUGCUGUUAGCAUAGCAUUACGCCCCACCAGGCAUGCAGGAUUCAGCAUUGGAUUUCCCUGUAUUUGCCUGCGCCUGGAUGUUCAACCGUCACUGGUAUACUUUCUUAUGAUUUUUUUGAGCUGGCUGAGUUUUAAGUUUUUCAAUACAUCACCAGAUUGUAUCCUAUUUCUAAAUUGGGCUGGAUGCUCAGCAGUGAUGUGUCAUAUUGCAUUCCAUUCCAUUUCAAAUCUGUGUCUGUCUGUCCUAUGGUUUGCAGACUUUCGUAUAAAAAUAUAAUUUGGUAUCCCGUCUUUAGUUGGAAGCUUUUCCCUAUGAAAUGGGACCAAAGUCAAAGCAUCAGAUAUGAUUGAAUUGUUCAAGGGAUUAUUUGUGCGCCCGCCUGAAGUAAUGGUUAGACUUGGUUCAAUGUCUAUUCAAAUUUUCCAUUUUCUUGAUUUCCUUUGAUGAUUUUAUGCUGUUCUGUGGUUUUUAAACGUCUGAAUCGAGACAACACUGUAUGCUUCUUAUAUUAUCAUGUAGCUUUCUUUUCAACUAAUUUGAUAAAUAUUUCCCGGCAACUAUGUAUCUUGCUGCAACUAACUAAGAUAUGACGCAACUUGGAAUUCUUAACGGUCGUCUUGUUGGGAAACUUUCUUUCCAAACUUCAAAUUAAAAAUGUAGUCUUUAUGUAGACUUAAAAUAUUUCUUUGUUACUUCAAGCAAAAUUUUUUUGAAGUCAAUCUGUCUGACAAAUUAAAAGCAUAUCUGUGAAUCUUUGCUUAAAUAGUGCAAGACCGCAUUUUGCUAUCAUACAUGCUCAAAGUUGGUUGGUUUAUGCUGUUUAAGUGCAACUUGAUUCUAGUCGAUGACUGGGUAAUAUUAAUUAAAACGGUGCCCCCCAUUAGUGAAGUGUGAAUCUAGUGGUGAGGAAGUCAAGUGACGACAAUCUUUGUUUUCAAAUUGGUGGAUGUUAACUUGAACUGUUUCGAUGUUUGAAAUAGAAGUAGGGUUUUUAAGAUUUAUGUGUCUGUUAAUGAUUGUUGUUCUUCUUUUCUUUGACAUGUAGAACUGUCACAUGUGUAAGUUUUGUUUUGAAAGCAUUGCCUUGCUUUCAUUUAUCUUGUUUUCUUUUUUAAAAAAGAAGGUUUUAAUUUUUGCUGUGGCUUGACUUCCUUACCUUUUUCAAUUUUUAGUUAAUAGCUUCUGAAAAUGUCUGGGUAUUGGUGAUAUAAAUGUAACCUUUAAUUAUAGAUGCAGUAGUUCAUGGUGAUUGAUUGACAUUUCAAGAAGGCAGCAUCUGUGAUUCCCUUUUGCUAGGUAUUAUUGCUUUUAUUUUAAGAAAUCUGCAGUUUUUCAAAGAAGUUCUCUUCCCGAAGGAAAUUGAUUAAUUGGGAAUUUUGUAGCAGCCAACUUGUCCAUGUUCAUGUGCAUCUUCAUACUUUCUUGGUUUUUGAAGAAAGCAUUUUUCAAAGUAUCCAACCUGUCUUUGAAUGUAAUAUAAACUAUGUACACAAGUUUAUGUGAACAUUAAAAAUGUCACAACUGUA